AUGUUGUUGAGUUCUCUCUUCGUUGCUGGGGCCUUUUUGGCAUCCUCGUCUGCUUCGCCGGUCACCAACCCACUCAUCGUUCAUGAAAAAAGAAGCAACAUUCCGCAUGGAUGGGUUAAGCGAUACAGCGUGGAUGGAGGUGCCAUUCUGCCAAUGCGCAUUGCUCUUACGCAGAGCAAUCUGGACCAAGCACACGAGUGGUUGAUGGAAGUUUCCAGCCCAGACUCUUUGGGAUAUGGCAAGCAUUGGAGUGCCGACAAGAUUGCCAAUGCUUUCGCGCCAAGCGAAGAACACGUCCAUGCGGUCAAGACCUGGCUUUUAUCGGCAGGCAUUACUACAGAACGCAUUGCAAAGUCACGGAGCAUGGGAUGGUUGACCUUUGAUGCCACAAUCGACGAGGCUGAGAAGCUGCUGGAUACCAAGUACCAUGUUUACGAACAUGAAGAGACCGGACAGCCACACAUUGCUUGUGAAGAGUACAAGAUCCCAGCGUCGUUGAAAGACAAGAUCGAUUUCGUCUAUCCUUCUGUGCACUUCGAUGUAAAGCUGAAAAUCCGACAAGAAUCCGAUAGCCAGCUAGAAAAUAGGAAGUUUGGCCCAGGCCAUUGGCAGCCAUGGAACCCCAAGAAUCCUGGCGGAGGUUCUCUUCCUAAGUGGAAUCACUGGUGGCUGCCACAUUCCAGCAUCAUCAAGGAUCUCCAAAACUGUGAUCAGCAGAUAACUCCAUGGUGCUUGCGCUAUCUCUACAAGUUCGGACCCGGAAACUCCAAGAACCCCAAGAACAGCUACGGCAUCGUCGAGUACACGCCCCAGGCGUAUGUACCUUCCGAUUUGGACCUGUUCUUCAAGAACUUCAGCACGAAGCAAGUCGGCGCACGUCCUACCCUUCAAUCGAUAGAUGGCGGCUAUUCCCAGCAGUCGCAAAUGUCGUUCAACUACAAUGGCGAAUCUGAUCUUGAUCUCGAGUAUGCUAUGUCCCUAGUGUACCCCCAGAGCGUUACACUCUACCAAGUCGGCGAUAAUACCGAAGGUGCUUCAUUCAACGACUUCCUCGAUGCGCUUGACAGCAGCUACUGCGCAGGAGAUGAUCCAACCCAAGACGCCGCCUAUCCUGAUCCAUACUGCCCCACUCAAUCUCAGGACUGCUACAAGGGACCAAAGGAUUGCGGUGGCUUUGCAGCGACAAAAGUCAUUAGCACGAGCUAUGCUUACAACGAGCAUGACUUGACGCCCGCAUAUGAGCAGCGGCAGUGCAAUGAGUACAUGAAACUGGGCCUCAUGGGUGUCUCUGUCCUUUACAGCAGUGGCGACUAUGGCGUGGCUGGUAAUGGUGGACAGUGCAUCGAUGGCGCAGGACCAGAUGCGCCAUAUAUUAACGGUACAUUGGGUGGAAGAUUCAACCCAUCGUUCCCAGGCACCUGUCCAUACAUUACAAGCGUGGGCGCCACCCAGAUCAAGCCGGGAACCAACAUAGUGACGUCGAGGACCCAGCCAGAGCAAGCCUGCGAGACAGUCAUUUAUUCCGGGGGCGGUUUCAGCAAUGUGUUCAGCCUCCCAAGCUAUCAAGCAAACGCAGUACAAACCUGGUUCAGGGAGCACCCUCCGCCCUACGGAUCCGACAAGUUCAACAACUCGCAGAAGACACGAGGCUUCCCUGACAUCUCAGCCAACGGAGCGAACUAUGUCGUAGCUGUGGAUGGCAACUUUACUCUGGUCUACGGCACUUCUGCCUCUUCACCAACGCUUGGGUCCAUCUUGACCCUGAUCAAUGAGGCGAGGUAUAAUGCUGGAAAGAGCUCCAUUGGCUUCAUCAAUCCUGUGGCGUACGCCCAUCCGGAGGCGUUCAACGACAUCACGGAGGGAGGCAACCAGGGGUGUAACACUCCUGGGUUCUCGGCGGCGACAGGAUGGGAUCCAGUGACUGGAUUGGGGACACCGAAUUUCCCUCGUCUGAGAGAUGUCUUUCUUAGGAUGUGA